GAACCGCGGCGGGGCGAGGCGGGCGCGGCGCCGGUGGUGGCGGGGAGGGGGUCGGGGGAUCGCUGCAUGCUGGGGGAUCGUCCUGCCCCGGCUGCUGCCCUGAUGUCAGUGACACCCCCGUGCCCUGCACAUCGCAGCGCGUCUGGCCCAGUCUUGACCCGUUUCCCACUUUUGGACCACCAGGUUUCUUUACAGUCAGCUGCCACUGGCAUCAAGGCGCUAUCUGAAGAAGACUCCUCCUCCUUCAGCAUUAGCAUGCCCAUAGUCUUCUUGGCCAAUGAUUCUUCUACAGCAAGCAGAACUUCUUCCUCAUCCUGAGAAGCCUUCAUCCCUUCCUAUGUCAGUGGCUACAAGGCCAAGAGCCAGCUCACCACUGUCCCCAUCAAAGUCUCUCGGACUGGGGCCUUCCUUUCAUCACACACAAGAAGAGGAGCUUGCCAAGGUGGUGGAGCAGGACCCUAUGCUGGAGGAACUAUGUAAGCCCCUGUGCUGUAAGCUUUGCAAUGUCACUCUGAAUUCGGCCCAGCAAGCCCAGGCUCAUUACCAGGGUAAAAACCACAGUAAGAAACUCCGGAAUUACUAUGCUGCCAACAGCUGUCCUGCACCUGCCAGGAUGAGUAAUUCUGUUGAGCCUGCCCCGCCUCAGGUUGUCUCCCUUCCAACUCAGAUGGGAUCCAGCAAACCAGGUGGCCGAGUGAUCUUGGCUACAGAGAAUGAUUACUGCAAGCUUUGUGAUGCCUCAUUUAGUUCUCCGGCUGUGGCACAGGCUCACUACCAAGGGAAAAAUCACGCCAAGCGGCUGCGUCUUGCAGAGGCACAGAAUAACUCAUUCUCGGAUGCCUCAGAACUAGGCAAACGAAGGGCAAGGAAAGAAGGGAAUGAAUAUAAGAUGAUGCAGAACAGAAGAAACACGUAUGCGGUUCAGAACAACACAGGUCCCUACUUCAACCCCCGCUCGCGCCAGAGGAUCCCCCGGGACCUGGCCAUGUGCGUGACGCCCAGCGGGCAGUUCUACUGCUCCAUGUGCAACGCGGGCGCCAGCGAGGAGCUGGAGUUCCGGCAGCACCUGGAGAGCAAACAGCACAAGAGCAAAGUGUCCGAGCAGCGCUACAGGAGCGAGAUGGAGAACCUGGGCUACGUCCAAUGACGCGCCGCCCUCGGCAGUAGUUUGCAACUAGAGCAGCUUGUCUCUCGCCUGCUGUUUGCCACAUGCCCUGCUUUGUGCUCCAUUGGGUAGGAGUGUGCUCUCGAGCUGUACAUGUAACACCUGCAAACUUACUGGUAUGGUUAGGUUUUCUUUCUAUCAUAGUCGGCAGGAUGACGCUGUGCAGGACAUGAAGUGUUUUUGGUGUUUGUUUGCUAAUUAUCUAAGGCUCUUCAUUGUGUUGAGUGGUGGGGAGGAACUGUGUCUUCUCCCCAGCCUUCUGCAUGAAUAUGCAAAGCCCAAGAAGUGCUGGAAACUUCUGUGGUCCUACCACAUGGGUGGACCUUGUGCAAAGCCCACUCCCCUCUUGGCACACCACAGAGCAGUGCUCCAGAAUGCUUCCCUACAGCAGACUGAAUCUCUGGACAGCUUGUAAGAGGGGAAGGAGUAGGGCCUGUGAAUGUGUGAAUUAGGUGGUGUAUUUGUCCACACUUUGCUGCUUCUGGCCCUCAUUACAGUCCAGAGUAGGUUCUUUCCACAUCCUUGUAGAAAGGCUGUGCAUACCUCUUCUCCUUGGAGGAUCUCUUCCUCUGUGAUGCAGACUCCUUUAUGGAUUUCAGCUGAUUAGCCCCAUUCAGAAAUACUCUUCUACUCUUGAUAUUGUUGCCUGGACACCUUAAUAUACCAUGGGUGUAGCUCAUCUCCCUGAAGAGAAUCUCUGGGGAUCUCAGUGGCUUAGUGAAGUGAACUGGAAAGCAAACCUGCUCAGGUGUGAUGUGCUGUGCUCUGAUUCUGCCUUAGACUGAGGUUGAGAAUAGAUGGAAGGAGCUGUCAGCUGUGCUUUCUUUGCAUGUUGAUGUAGAGGAGAGCAAGAGUUGGUCUCUAGCCUACAGUCCUUGCUCUGGAAGAGCAAGGCUGCCUGGACUCUGGGUAACAGAAAUUGAUGUGUCCCAUUUCCAUGCCAUUCCCUGGGCAAAGCCUAGCGAAGAUGAAACUUCUUGCUUUGAACUAGCGCUGCCAAUAUUGGUUGACUUUCCCUCUCUCUUUCUUUUUCCAUCUCAGGAUGGGUUUUAAUUCCAUUCCUUGAUGUAUACUUGACUGUUCUAGGGACCUCAAAAAUCCAAAGUUAUGUAGGAUUUAAAUGUCAGGGUGAUGAUUGUUUGAGUAACAGCUUUUUGGCCUCAUGGAAGUAUUCAAGAAACUUGUUAAGCAACUUUUGAAUAGUAGACAAAUUCAAAAGGUGUGUGUGUUUGUUUUGAUAUUCCUUAGCAAAAGUAGGAAGGGGAAGAAGAGCAGAAGUAGGACUGUCAAUUAUUCUUCUGCUUGUUUGGGUAGAUGUGAGGAGCUGUGAUUGGAAUCCAGUUCACAGUGUCUCCAGUGGCAAGUGCAGCACGUAGGUGGCUUUUGUUGGACCUGAUCCCCCACUGUGCUGCUGGAACUGUGCACUGGUGUAGCUUCACUGACUUCAGUGGCAGGUGCAGAGAGAGGGUCCAGGAAGCACCAUGACUCGCUCAUCUCUCACCCCUCUUCAGGCAGCUGGAAUUAGAUGCAGCUCCGUUAGUUUCAGUAGGAUUUUAGCAGGGAUGAAUUGUACCUAGUGCAUAGUGUUGAAGGUAGCUCCCCCGCCUCCUUUUAUUGCCAUUCUGAUCCUGCCUCUUGCAUUCCAGAAGGACUUUCUGCUUGCCUUAAAAAAUGAAGAAUGAGUAUCAAAAGAAAUCCAGGUAGUCUUUAUUCAUCUUCCCAGUCCACCUUCAAAAGGUUUGUUGCACUUGGCUGCUCCUCAGAAACUGAUUAUUGUUUUCUUCAGCUCCCUGAGUGAGCAUCAGGGAGCCAUACAAGCUGAAUGCAGCCUUCCUGAAUCCAGGCAAGGUGAGUGCUUGCAAAGUAGUUGAAAACAACUCCCUAGAUCAUUCUGUGCUGAUCCUUGCCCUGCAGAUAGACACAGAGGAAUAGGUGUCCUCAUGAAUGGGAUUCCUUCCCCUCCCUUGUGCAAAACUCAGUUAAAUGGGGUUUGUGCUCUGGAGCACAUGAGAAGGUAGAACAGGUGCCCAGGUUGUAGAGCACUCACUGAACAGUUCUGACAGCUUUGUAAAUCUGUUUCUGCUGUGCUUUCCUGCACCCUGCCUCACCCCCUGUGUAGCCUUAGAAGAACAUUUGCCUUUCCAGAAUCCCUCAUCAGCCUUUCCCCCUCAUUGUAUUGACAGAAGGGCUCUGGUUUUCUCUUUGUGUCCUGUCCUUAGGUUUGCCAGUCUGACACUACUGUCCAGAGGGACAGAGGGAGUUAGAUGAACCUUACCACAGUGUGCUUCAGCACAGUGAUCCCUGCAUUUUGGUUAAACAUCCCUCUGUCUGUAAAUUAAAGCGUGGUAUUUCCUACAGGCUGCAAUUAGUAGCAGAAAAACAAAAGAAAUAUGAGCUGGAGGAGCUGUAGGUACUGCUGUUGUCUGGCUUAUUGCUAGAGAUGAGGAGGCAUUUUUGCUUGCUUUCACAUGUCCCAAAAAAUCAGCUGUUCACCACUUAGCUUUGGUUACUGCUCCUACUCCCAGCCCAGCCAUCUGCUCCUCAUUUGGCAUUUCCAGUGACUGCUGGAGGUGUCAAAACCUGCUUUGCUCCAGCUGUGUGCUGGUGCUUUUGAGAGGGUGUGUGAGGGAUGUGCAGGGAGCUGCUCUUGCAAGCUCCUCUCUGCUUAGGGCUGAGUCUGGUUUGGAGUAGUGGCUUCAGUCAUCUCUGAGCAGAGAAGCCUGAAUCUGCUUUGUUCUGUUCAAGGGAGUACAAGUGAAUGUGAUCAUCCUGGCAAUUUCAGAGUGGUGGCUUGUAGAGCAGGUGCACAGCAGGCAGUGGGACUCAAGUGACAAGGUAGGACAGAUUUCCUCCAUGGAAGGAAAGAUGUCUUGCUGGGAGAAGCAGCUGAGACUCCCUUUGCCCCAGUGCUCUGUUGUGGCCCUUCCUGCAAGCUACCAAAGCUUUCCUCUCCCUCUUCAGCAUUGCUUAAUGGCUUGUGAUCUUCCCACUCCCUUUCAGCAUAGGAAGUUGCUGACUGCAAAGAGAAAACACCCAAUCUCCCCAUUAUCCUUAGGGUUCAGGACAAUCCAAACUCAUACUUGUCAACAUUGAGUAGAUCCUGAUUUUAUUUCUUUUUGUGAAAGGUGUUCUCGAAACCACUGUUCAAAAAAUACUGAAAACACAUUCUGGGCAAACCCUUUUGACGUAGGUGGGCUGGGGAGAACACUGUACAGCUGAAGUGCCAUUUUCCAGACCCAAUUAAUGUUAAACCAAGUACCAAACCUAAGAAACAGGACUUCUCUGAAGCUGUCACAUUGGCCAGUAGGUUAAUGACCUUUGCUGCUAGAAACAAAAUGUAAAUCAAUCUGUUCAUAUUUAUUUUACUGUGCUGACCACUAAUUGAUUUGUUAAUAUUUAAGGCAUUAUGCUGUAGGUUGUUUUUAAGUGGAGAAAUUCUACAUCGCACUUUGCUUUUGGAUCAGAACAAUUAUUUAUUGUAUUUGUGAAAAUGUUUAUCCUCCCACAUAGCUAUUGUUUUCUUUCCCUUGAUGCAAAAAACCCAACCAAACCCAAAUAGCAAACCCCGCCCCAAACCCUCCCAACCAAAUCUGGCCCAUGGAUCUUUGUUUCUUUUCAUGCUAAACAAAAUGGGGAUUUCCUUGCAACUUGUUAUUAAAUGUCAAUUUCCAAUUUAUUUUUCCUCAAAUGAUUCUUUUGCUAACUUGGGAUGUUAUUUUUAGAGACACAAAGUUCAUGCUUCAUUUAAACAUUCAUUUCUUUUAAGGCAAGGAAGUAAACCAUGUGGAAUCCAUGACUUUGUGAGGAGUAUGAAAGCGAUACUAUUUUGUUUGUAUUAAGCAUUAACUUUUCUUUUGCAUUCUGCACUAAUGAGUAAAUCUGUUAUAAUCUUGCCUAAUGUUGGUCUGGUUUUGACUUUUUGCUUUCUUCAUGCACAUUGAAAGGAACACUGAAAACUUCUGUGGAGUUGCUUAGGAUGGUCAUCAGUGUAACAAAACGCAGAUUUCUUUUCUGUAAAGCUGCUUAUUUCCUUUCCUAGAUGCCUAUUAUAGGGCAUUAGAAGGGAAAGCUAUUGCCAUAAGCAUGGAUUCAUAUUUUAGCUUACUAAUGCUUGAUGUCCCUUUGCUGCAUUACUUGAGUGAUGCUCUCACUGUAAACAAUGGGAAUCUUGCCUGGGUCAGGAGUAAAUGAAAUACCCAAGGCAAAGAUAUUUUGUUGGCUGGGGCCAGGCAAGGUACAUUGUUCAGUUUGUCUUUUACUCCUCCGUUUGGAUUACAACACUCUUAUGGUUUUGCUUUUUGAGGACCGUUUAUCUGGAUCUGUAAGGAUUUGGUCUUGCUCCAGCUAAAAUAGUUUGAAAUACCUUGACUUUAGUUGGGUUAGGAGCAAGACUUGAAAACCUUCAGGAAUUUCUCACUGCUGAUGUUUUAUAUGUGUUUUUUGUUUUGUGAUUUUUUUUUUUAAAUUUUGCAACCACAUAUACGAGGAUGCUCUGGAUGAAAUGGAGAUCUGUUGCUGAUUAUGGAAAAACAAAUGCCAUGGUUGCCAAAGGAUAACAGAAAAUGGAGAAAUAUGGACCUGGUUUGUUUGAAGUUAGUGGCUAAGCUUCUUUUAUUUUGAGCUGGGCUUACCACCUGCAUUUCAAGUUGGAAGGGAAAAUAAAAUCCACUUUGAAAUAAAUGUGGUCAAACAGUUCUGGGUAUCUCUCUUUAAAAAAUGUAUCACAGCUAAAAUUGUAUCAGCUUACCUGACAUAUCUGCAGGUAAAGACAGAAUUGAAUUUUUGAAAAUAAAAUCAGUUUUUCAGUAUGUAUUUUGCAGGAGAAAAAAUUACUUUAUUUCAUUUUCUUCUGCAUCUGUCCAGCAACACCAUUUGCAAGUGCUUUGAACAUGUUUCAUCUAGAGCCUUCUUGUCAGGUUGUUUUGUACAUUUUUCCUUAUUUCCUUUGUAUUGUACUGACCCCCAUAAGGGAAUACUUGAUGAAAAUGAUUUUUUUUUUCUUCUUCAUUAUAUAAUAAACCAUAUUGCUCUUA